AGGAAUUCAGAAUUCCCGACUCCAGCGUUUACUACAGGGAGGCCAUACGUCGUUUCACCCAUAGAGAGAGCUACGCGGAUUGGACAGACAAGCGGGCAAGAUGGAGGACACCGAGUCAAAUAUAAGUGACGAGGAUAACCAGCUCCCUCGGGCAGAAGUGCUGCCUCUGAUCAUUAGUCAGUUGCAGCACUAUGGUCUGAACUCGAUAGCGGCGGUUGUCGCGGAGGAGAGCAACACACCAUAUGCUUUCGAUCCGUCUCCUCAACUUGCAGAGUUAUGUUAUCAGGGCAAAGUGGGAAGAGACAACGACGACGCGGAGGAGAUCGUUCCGGCGGAUUUGACGGAGGAAAUAUCGGAUGAAGAGAGCACUGAAGCAGAGGAGUCAAGUUGGGCGGACGCGAAAGGGCAAGCUCCGACGACCCCUCCGAACCUCGCGGUAUGGUUCAGUACGCAGCAUCGGGAAGCAUGCCGGACGGCAGUCUUCAGCGCGGACGGCAAAUACCUCGCAACAGGAUCGGAAGACACGACGAUGAAAGUCCUAGACGUGUCUCGAAUAAAAGCCGCCUUCCGAGACGGCGCGCAGGAAAAGCCAGUGAUACGAACUCUUUACGAUCAUAUGGCGCCUGUGAACGAUGUACACUUCCAUCCGAACGGGACUGUGCUGGCAUCGUGUUCCCAUGACCAGACUAUCAAGCUGUUUGAUAUACAGAUGCCGAAUGUGAAGCGGAGUUUUCGAUAUUUGCAGGAUGCAAAUGUUGUUCGAUCGAUACAUUUCCAUCCUUCUGGAGAUUACAUUGCGGCAGGCACGGAUCAUGAGGCUGUUCGGAUCUUUGAUGUGCAUAGCUUGAAGUGCUUCAGUGCAGCAGCAUCCAAAGAAUCGCAUACUGGUGCGAUCAAUAAGAUCCGAUAUGCCCCUUCGGGUAAAUUCUUUGCGACUGCGGGUGACGACGGCUCCAUCAAAAUGUGGGACACCGUCUCUGGCCAAUGCGUGAAAACCAUAUCGCAGGCGCAUUCGGGCAGACCUGUCACAAGCGUGCGGUUUACACGCAGCGGAAGGUACCUCCUAUCAUGUGGCUUGGAUUCCGUGGGAAAACUGUGGGAUAUGCACACGGGGAAUGCUGUGCAGGAGUUUGUGGGCGCGUCGCAAAAGGAUGUUUAUACGACAAAUACGUUCAAUUACAACGAGGACUAUGUCCUGGGAACGGACGAGAAGGAUUGGGCUAUUGUAAUGUGGGAUUCAAGGACAGGCGCUUUGCUCAAGAAGACACCAGCACAUAUGGCGCCACUGCGGUGUAUAGCAGCCAGUCCUGUGGAGAAUACUUUCGUCACAUGCAGUGAUGACUACCGGGCGAAGUUUUGGGGCGAGCGAUAGAAGCGGCGUAAUCAGGCAUGGAUGAGAAUGACUAUAUUAGGGCUGCCAGCCCUGCGAUAUUGCAGUUCUUCAUGGCGUUCGCGGAUCCGCCGCAUAGGAAGAACCCGAGUUGUUCAGAUAGCAGUAGGGGGCAGAUGUAGCAUGACGAGCGAACGGAAGUACUCCAAUGUUUAAAUAAGUACA